ACUGAAAAUAGCACAAACGUACAUUACUGGGGGCUCACUAAAUAAACAAGGCUGCUUCCUGUCCUGAGCAACUUAACAAGAGGGUUAGUCCACGUGACCCGGAGUCCAGGACGCGUCAUCAUCGUGUGUGAAUAUCCAGGAUUCAUCAACUCUGCUACCACUAUAUUUUUUUAAAGUGUGAGUCUGUACCGGACUGUGCAACGGAGCCGGGGAGGGCUCAGGGCCGCCCCGCCACGCUGUCAACCGCCGGGCCUCCGAGGAAGAGUGGCGUUUACUCUCGACUUCGGAGAAAUGCCCUCUGUGACCAUGAAACCCUGGGAGUCCACGUUGCUGGUGGCCUGGUUUGGUGUCCUGGGCUGCGUGCAGGCUGAAUUCUUCACUUCUAUUGGACACAUGACAGACCUGAUUUAUGCAGAGAAGGACCUGGUGCAGUCCCUGAAGGAGUACAUCCUGGUGGAGGAAGCCAAGCUCUCCAAGAUUAAGAGCUGGGCCGACAAAAUGGAAGCCCUGACCAGCAAGUCGGCUGCUGACCCUGAGGGCUACCUGGCCCACCCUGUGAAUGCCUAUAAACUGGUGAAGCGGCUAAACACGGACUGGCCUGCGCUGGAGGACCUUGUCCUGCAGAACUCGGCCGCAGAUUUUAUUGCAAACCUGUCGGUGCAGCGACAAUUCUUCCCCACCGAUGAAGAUGAAACAGGAGCCGCCAAGGCCUUGAUGAGACUUCAGGACACAUACAAACUGGACCCAGAUACAAUUUCCAAAGGGGACCUUCCAGGAACCAAGUACCAGGCCGUGCUGAGUGUGGACGACUGCUUUGGGAUGGGCCGCUCGGCCUACAAUGAAGGCGACUAUUACCACACGGUGUUGUGGAUGGAACAGGUACUAAAGCAGCUCGAUGCUGGGGAGGAGGCCACCACAUCCAAGGCCCAGGUGCUGGACUACCUGAGCUAUGCCGUCUUCCAGUUGGGUGACCUGCACCGUGCCGUGGAGCUCACCCGCCGCUUGCUCUCCCUUGACCCGAGCCAUGAACGAGCUGGAGGGAAUCUGCACUACUUUGAAAGGUUGUUGGAAGAAGAAAGAGAAAAAAUGUUAUCGAAUCACACAGAAGCUGAGCUCGCAGCCCAGCAAGGCAUAUACGAGAGGCCUGUGGACUACCUGCCCGAGAGGGAUGUCUACGAGAGCCUCUGUCGUGGGGAGGGUGUCAAACUGACCCCCCGAAGGCAGAAGAGGCUCUUCUGUAGGUAUCACCAUGGCAACAGGGUGCCGCAGCUGCUCAUCGCCCCCUUCAAGGAGGAGGACGAAUGGGACAGCCCGCACAUCGUCAGGUACUACGACGUCAUGUCUGACGAGGAAAUCGAGAGGAUCAAGGAGAUUGCGAAACCCAAACUUGCACGAGCCACUGUUCGUGAUCCCAAGACAGGUGUGCUCACUGUCGCCAGCUACAGGGUUUCCAAAAGCUCCUGGCUGGAGGAGGACGAUGACCCUGUUGUGGCUCGGGUGAAUCUGCGGAUGCAGCACAUCACAGGGCUAACAGUGAAGACUGCAGAACUGUUGCAGGUUGCUAAUUAUGGAAUGGGAGGACAGUAUGAGCCACAUUUUGACUUCUCCAGGAAAGAUGAGCAAGAUGCUUUCAAGCGUUUAGGGACGGGGAAUCGUGUGGCCACGUUCUUAAACUACAUGAGUGAUGUAGAAGCUGGUGGUGCCACCGUCUUUCCUGAUCUGGGGGCUGCAAUUUGGCCUAAGAAGGGCACAGCUGUAUUCUGGUACAACCUCCUGCGGAGUGGGGAAGGUGACUACCGAACAAGACAUGCUGCCUGCCCCGUGCUUGUGGGCUGCAAGUGGGUCUCCAAUAAGUGGUUCCAUGAACGAGGACAGGAAUUCUUGAGGCCGUGUGGAUCGACAGAAGUUGACUGACAUCAUUUUCUGCCCUUCGCCUUCCUGGCCCCACAGUCCGUGUUGUCUUCAAGUUCAAUGUGACAGACUCCUGUCUAUGUUCCAGUCCCAUCAGGCGGGUCUCUGGAGGCGUGAAUGUUUUGUAUGGAGUAGAGAGUGGACUAGGGAAGGUCCUGGAUGACCUGGGUCCCAGCCUCUCUGGCCAGCCUAUGCUAUCUCUGGACGCUCGGGUAGGGUUGGAGUAGUCAGGUGGUCUGCACCUAGCAAGGUGCUUUUGUACCUCAGAUGCUUUAGGUGUGAGAUGUUUCAGUGAACCAAAGUUCUAAUACCUUGUUUACAUGCUUGUUUUUAUGGAAUUUCUAUUAAUGUGGCUUUAACCAAAAAUAAAAUGUCCCUGCCAGAAGCCUUAAA